CCGGGAAUAUUUGUGCAUGUAGCAUUUCUUAAAGGUCGUGAACUCUAACCUUUUCUUUGCAAACAUAUAGUUUUUGGUAACUGUUUUUGAGAUUGGUGAUAGACAGAAGCCAAAACUGAUAAUAAUGACCCCACAAGAGUUGACGACCUUCAUGACUGUUCGACCAUGACAUCAAGGAAGAACAAACAAUUGACAUCUAAUCAAGAGAAAGACUGUGAUUCCAAUUCCAAAGACUCAAGAACAACAAAAGACGAGUUGGAACAAAUUGAUAAUCCAUUUAAGAAUCAGCUGGCUUUGGUUCUGAGUAAGGAUAAGCCAAAAAAAUCUCCAACUUUGAGUUCAACCGAGAAUGAGAUGGCAGGAAUUAAAACUGAACCUGACAGUCCGGUGAAUGAUCACAUAGAUUACCUUCAGAUCAGUUGUUCCUCAAGUGAGUCUCCUUUGGGUAAUACAUUGACUCUGGUUCCAACCAACUUUAAUUCAUCAGAUUGGGCAAUCAAAGUGAAGGAGUUACAAACUGCUGAGCAGUUAGCGAGAAUGAGAGACCAAGAACCAUUUUUAAGAAAAGAAUAUGAGCAGAAACCACCAUUUGAACUGUGUGUUGUAUGUGGUGACAAAGCUUCAGGUCGCCAUUAUGGGGCAAUCAGUUGUGAAGGAUGUAAAGGUUUCUUUAAGAGAAGUAUACGUAAACAGUUAGGUUAUGCUUGCCGUGGAAAUCGAGAUUGUGAAGUCACCAAACAUCAUCGUAAUCGGUGUCAGUACUGCCGUUUGCAGAAGUGCCUAGCCAUGGGAAUGAGGGCGGACUGUAAGUUGGCAUCUGUUCAGUCAGAGAGAAAACCAGCAGGUGAUAACCGAGACAAAAGCAUAAACUCUUUAUCAACCAAAAAUUCCUCAUUAUAUCCUCGUCAAGAUUACCGCUCCACUCUUGCAGUUCCUACAUAUGUCUCUGAAAAGGUGUGUUUAAGAAACUGGGGUGAUACAAGAGGAAACAGUUUAUUAGACUCGGCACUGACAUGCAGUAACAUUAGCAACAGUGAUGGUACUAAUGCAGAAUUGAGUACACUAGCUAAUGUGCUGGUCACUAUGAAACAUUCAAGUAGUGGUCACUCAAAUGUAUUGACCAAUGGAGACUCGGAGUUGAAUAGAUACAAUUUACCAAAGGAAAAAAAUGUGAUCUCGAAAGCUUUUGACACUAUUGCCAAGGCUGCCUUACAACAAAACUCUUCACUAGUUGAUGGGGUAGCCACCAGCUGUUCUGAUCAGAUAGGUCUUCACAUGGACUCAGAUAAUGAGUCUUUGUUUGAAUUAGAAGGCCCUCUGCUUCUGGACAGUCAUGUAGCAUUUAACUUGACCACUCCAAACCCAGGGAGCUCUUUCCUCAAUGUCCAUUACAUCUGUGAAAGUGCUUCACGACUUCUCUUCCUGUCUGUCCACUGGGCAAGGUCCAUUCCAGCAUUCCAGCUACUUCUCCCACAAGUCCAAGCGACAUUAGUGCGAGGAAGUUGGAGUGAGCUCUUUACACUAGGAUUGGCACAGUGUUCCCAACUAAUGUCUUUAGCCACCAUCUUGACAGCUAUUGUCAGUCAUCUUCAAAACAGUGUACAGCAAGAUCGUCUUUCUGCUGAAAGAGUGAAACAGGUUACAGACCACAUCUGUAAACUCCAAGAGUUUGUCAACUCUAUGCUACGCUUACAGGUUGAUGAACACGAAUAUGCUUACUUGAAAGCCAUAGUGCUGUUUAGUCCAGAUCAUCCUUCAUUACCAAGUGCCCGACAAGUGGAGAAGUUUCAGGAAAAAGCUUAUCAGGAACUGAGGUCAUAUAUUGCACAGACUUUCCCUGAAAACAGUGAUAGGUUUGCUAAAUUACUUCUCAGGCUUCCUGCUCUGCGAUCCUUACAGCCAAAUAUAACCGAAGAACUAUUCUUUGCUGGUUUAAUAGGGAACGUUCAGAUUGACAGUAUCAUUCCUUACAUCUUGAACAUGGACUCUAGUGAAUACACACCUGACAUGGCAUGAAAGACUGGAGAUCAGAGAAGCAGGUCAAAGCUCCUGUACAGCACUGAACCCCUGUUUGUAGUUUCAGUUAUCAGUUCAUUACAAGAAGGGUGUCAGACAUGUAAUAUAUAUAUGCUUUUUCUAAACCUAGUUCUGUAGAUUUUUGAGAUAUGUUUUGGUGCACUUUCCAUUCCAGAUACAGAAUAAUUGUCAAGCGCAGAACAACAAAAGUUGUGCUUUACUAGGACUAAACUUCCUUUAAAAAUUAGUUAAUGAAAUAAAUGAAAAACUUUUGGUGUUAAUUUUGUAAUUAAUUUAUUUGUAAUGUAGUGAUCUUUAUUUAAACUAUGUGGAUGUUUACUUGUAAACCACAACUUGAGUGGGUAAUAUAUAGACAAUUCUACUAUGUUAUGGAACUGUUCUUUUUUCAACUGUUUAUACAGUUAUAUUAAACAUGAAGUACAGGUGUUCAUUAUAAUUAUAAAAAUAAUAUAAUUGUAUGCAGUCAACAGUAGGUGAUGGGCCAAAAGUUCAACAUCAAGAAAGUGUUUUGGUAGAUAUGUAUUGUUACUGUUGUUUGACUAAAAGUUCUAAAUAAGGUCUUGGAAACAUGAUAAUUGUUUCUUACACUUUGUGAUUAUUCUUGUAUUUCUUUGUAGUAUUUUAAUAGAUUCAAGUAUUUACCCUAUAGGUCUUGCUGAAAUGUUGCUCAUCAUUAAUUUCAGUGAUGUUUGAAAAUUCAGUACUUUUUUGGAAAACAAAAUGCAGCCCUUUUUUUAGGAUAUUAUGGUAUGUUUAAAUGAAAUGAUUGAUUAAGCAGUUGGACUGAAAAAUAUCAAGAAACUUUCACUAUCCUAUAUGCUUUCUAGUUGGCAGAAUAAAAUGCAAGAGAAGUUACAAACAUUCUGAUUGCACAAAAGAACAAUGACUACUUCUCUUGAUGCAUUAAAUAUAAAGCUCUCGUUCAAAACAGAACAAAGCAUUAUGGUGAUCAAAUGAUACUAAUAUUUCCAUCAGUGAUGAAAUUUGCUUCAUUUGAGAAUGUUUUAAAGUUACAUGUGGUACAUAAAAUGCCAUUAAAGGCACAUGCAUAACAUGCUUUUCUUUAGGAAAUAAUUUAGUACAAAGUACUGAUAAGGUAAAAGUCACACACUCCAACAUGGGAAAGGUUGUCAUUAAACCUAAAGUGAACAGUCAGCAUGUAACUUGCUGUAGGAAAGUAGAGAGUUUUGUGAUAUUAAAUCAAUGGUUGCAAAGCUGAUUAAAAUAUUGUUAAUUUGAGGUAUUAUAUGAAAUUUCUAGAGAUCUUCCUUUUGAGGGUCACUUAGAUAAGCAUCAGGUUCUAGAAAAAGAAUGCAUUGAAUAAUUUGUUGACUCACUUCAGUGGACAUAUGCCAACCUUAAAAAUUGCUCCAGUUUCUCGGUGUCUACCAAGAAUCAAUACACUUACAAAGGAAUGAAAAAAUGGUUACAGUUGUGUGAUAACCACAUUGUCUGUAUAUGAGGUUCGUCAUUCCAUUUGUAGAAAGCAAUUAGUGCUUUUGCUCGUUUUUUAAUUUAAGAAGCAUUUUGUGCUUUUUUUAUGUGAUAUAACCUUUGUUAAUAUAAAUUGAGAGUUAAAAUAUAACUCCUUGAUUAACUGAGACGUUGAGUAUUUGUUGAUGAAAGUGUAGUUAAUUUUUGAACAUGGCUGUAUACUGUUUGUGUUAGUGAUAUAUAUGUUGAUUUUUAUGUUACAGAAAGAUUUUUUUUUCUGAAGUCAAUGUUUUUCUCCACUUUAAAGAUAAAACCGCAAAGAAUAUACCUUCUCCUGAGUUAAUAAGGUACAAAAAUAUUCAUAUCUAAAUAAAACAAAAUUCAAUACAAGUACAUUUCUUUCAGUAAAUUUUAAUUUAUGGCCAAAGCUUUUCUCUCUUUACUUAGAGUGAAGUGGUCUGUGCUUUGUUUAGAACAUAUCAUCUGGCUGGGGGAAUCCCUCAGUAGAUUAAAAUUUUUGAGUGACACCGAAAGACAUCAAACUUUUACUGUAUUUCUUUUCAUGAAAAGAAAUUUGCUCAUAGUCACACAAGGAAUUUCCUAUGUUCUCAUGUCUAAAGGAGCUUUGUGGCAAUGAAUAAAUCCCAUUGAAUUAUUAGCAUAAGAACUUUCUUAUUAGCUAGCAAGAAUUCAGGUCUCAUUUUUCCCACAGAUUUCAACUAUUUUAUGAAAAUAAGGAUACAAAAUAAAUCAUUAAUAGAGAUGUAACUUGAGCAUCAUACCUAAUAGAUAGGGCACAGAUAUCCCAGUUGCUUUGCACCAAAAAUUCCCUUGCCCAAACCAAACCUAAUAGAUAACCAUUAGGAAACUCAUAGUUAUCAUACCUUGUUGAGUCAUCCAAAGUUUAAUCAAUACAUAUAUCCUAUAGAAGUCAAUUUUUUAUCCUUAUUUUUACAAAAAAAAAUCUAUGUAUCAAUUUACUUGAAUUCCUGACUUAAUAUAAAGUUGUCAAAAAUAUAUUUUAUUUUUCCUAUUUAGUAAAAAUUUAAAUGAAAAGGAUUAAGAAUUUAUUAAACAAAAAUGUAAAAAUAAUUAUAGUAAAUUACUCUACAUUGUUUAAUACCUUUGAAAGAUGUCAAUUCAGGUAGACAAAAGAUUGCUGUAUUCUUCUUAAUGUAGUGUGGUUGAUUUUAGAAACUAAUUACUGAGUUGGUCUUUAUUUGUGUAAAUUAUUACAAAUCAUAUAUUUUUUUUUCUAUAAAAUGUAGAUGUUCUGGAAUGGAAAGUGCUUUAAUUUUGAAGUUUUUAAUUUUUUUUGUAGCUAUCCAUCCCGGUUUUAUUUUACUCGUUAUAAAAGGGUCAUUUGUAAAUUGAGUAUCUUUAGAAUUUGUUGAAUCUAUGUUUAGUCCAGCCUUUAAGUAUCUUAAGUUCUACAUAAUGUUGAUUUUUGUACAGAGUAGACCAAAAUUACAAGACCAAUUGGUUCAGAACAGUGUUAAGUAAUGUUUUUUUGAAAAGGUUUUUCCCUCUUAAGAGAUCACAUUUCUUAAAGCAGAAGAAAUUUCAGUUUGUCAUUGUUAUACACAGUUCUGUUAGUUAUCUCAAGUAUGAUAAAGAAAUGUAACUUUUAUUAGUUGUUGAAAGAGGAAUAUGUCUAUGUUGUUCCAUGAUCUAUCAGUUUUGACAAAAAAUUUUCAACUUGAAACAACUGUAAGUUUGGAACAUAUUUCUGCUCUUUUCUCUUAAAAAUUUAUGUUCACAAAAUGACAAUCUCAGGUUCAGCAGUUUCACCAAUAUGAUGUUUUUUUGUUUAUACAAAAAGUCUGGCUUUGAAUUACCAGACUGGUAGGAGGGGGGGGGUGAUAUGGAGAUUUUAACUUUUUCUUUUCUUCAAAUCUCUCAUUAUGUGAUAAUAUCAGCAAGAUAUAUUUGUUAAAAAUAAAAACGUACUUCAGUGAUAGCCUAACUAGGUGAGAUUUUCUACAGGUUCAUUAUUAGUCGAUUUCAAGUUCAUUGCAUAUUCAACGUUUUUCCUCCAUGAGUCACAUAACCAUUUUUAGAAACAUUUUCUAUAAGAUUUGUUAGAAUCUUACUCUGAAAAUUUGUCAUUAACAUUGUUUAAAUAAUUAAAUAUUUGUCAUUAAAAGCACUGAAGUCAGAAUAGUUGCAUUGUCAGAAGUACUUGAUGUUUUUCAAAUUUCCACUGGCUAGAACGUUAAGGUCCUAGAAAAAUCAUUUAUCUAACAGUUGAGGUUGAACUGGGUAACCAGAUUGUAAUACAUGUUAUUGUUAGCCCAAUUUAAAUUACAUAAAUUCAAUGUACCAGUAUUAGUAUUUACUUGUGUGAACUGUUUAAAAAUAUAAUCCACAAAACACAUUGCCUUCCUAAGCCUAUUUGGAAAAAUUUACAGUUGAAGUGUAUCAUAUUAUAAUCAAAGAACAUGUACAAAAUGCUUACACUGUUAGCACCUAAAGCAUGAUGAUUAGGCUUAAAUUCCUUUUAUCAUUCAUACCCAAGUUUAAAAUUUCAGUCCUGAGUUAUUUUAAUGCUACUGCUAGUUUCUGCCAAGCAAGCUGAAUGCCUUGGGAGUGAUCCUAUAAACUGGUGAACAAACAUUUCUGUUAGGUAUGCCUGUCAAUCUAUGUAGGUUAUGGAACUACACAUAAAGUAAAUUAUUUGUGAUUUGUGAGACUUUUCACUUUUUCUGUACAGCUUGUUUCUUCCAGCCUGGUGUAUUUGUAGAUGAUAUUUGUCUCCAGUUGUUAUUGUGGUCUGAGCAACUGGUGACCAGUGUAGUUCGAUCUAAUUGUACAACAUGCUGUAAUUUAUACACCACUUCUUAGCCUGUGAUUCUGGAUUUUUAUGGAAUAAAAUAUAGAGAUCACAUUUGAAAGAA